AUGGGAAGCCUCUGCCACCAGCAGCCCCCCGCAGCCACCCCCCAGCGCUGCCUGAGGAAGGCAGGGGACGGCGCGGCGCUGCCGGGGUCCCCGCUGCUCCUCCUCCUCCUCCUCGCCUCCUCGAUGUCUGCUUGCAAAGGUGCACCGACACCAUCCCAAGCACUCGAGGCAGAUAAGGAUUUGCAGCUGGGGAAAGAGAUAGACGAUGCAUGUUCUGCCUACCUGUCCAUAGAUUCUCAGCCUCAGGCAUCCAGUGCGCUGGAAGAGCUUUGUUUUCUGGUCAUGGGAUUUCUCCAGAAACCACAGGGUUUAGAUGAAAAAGACAACACCAAAAGGUUCUUAUUUCAUUAUUCUAAGACUCAUGACUCAGGCAACUCAGACAUCAUGUCGUCUGUCCUGCAUCCUUUGCUGCAACUCGUUCCUCAGCUUAAUGAGAGAAGACUGAAGAGAUACAGAGUGGACGAAGAACUUCAAGGACCUGGAGGGAUUCAAAGUAGAGGCUACUUUUUCUACAGGCCACGCAACGGAAGGAGAUCAGUGGAUUUUCGCUGA